UUUUCUUUGGGACAAAUUCAAAUUAAAUUUUGCACUAUCCAAGUUUGUUAAAAUUUAUUCUCCUAAAUUUUUGGACAAUUUAUAUUUUAAUCAUUAUCAAAUUAUCUCCUAUUUACCUUUAUCAGAUUAAUAAGCAAAACAAAUAUACUCUUCAAGUGUUCAAAUUAUACACGAAUAAAUAAAUAAAUAAAUUCUAAUUUAACCAUAAAUAAAAGUAGUCCGAUCUUUGUUCAAAAUUACCUCUAUACCCUCCACCAGCUUAGCCACAAAAUAAAAAGCCAACUGAAGCAAACAUUUCAGCCGCAACUGCGCAGAAAAAAAGGAAGCAGCAAAUAGUAGAAAGCAAGGAUGAGCAGGUCGGGUCAACCUCCGGAUCUCAAAAAGUAUAUGGACAAGCAGCUUCAAAUCAAGUUGAAUGCCAACCGCUUAGUCACUGGAACUCUUCGUGGGUUUGAUCAGUUCAUGAAUUUGGUCAUUGACAACACUGUGGAAGUUAAUGGCAAUGAGAAGAAUGAAAUUGGCAUGGUGGUGAUUCGGGGUAAUAGCGUGGUGACAAUUGAAGCGUUGGAGCCAGUCGCUAGACCACAGUAGCUCUAAGGGAUCUUUGUUUAUGCUACAGAUGCUGCUGCCGCCUGUUUAAAGGAACAUAAGUUUGUACUACCAGGAUUCAGUAUUUGAUUAGAUAACAGUUAAUAUGGCAAUGGAUUUCUGUCUAAGUUUGAUCAUCAAUUCUCGCUAUUCAAUUAGUGCACUAUGUGCUGCAUGCAGUUUGUACGAGUCCCAAUGCCUUUUAAUUGGAAAUUGAUGUUUCCUUUUGA